UACCGCUGUUGCCCUAAUGGGAAAGCCUUCGGUUGUCUUCUUGGAUGAGCCAUUAACUGGCAUGGACCCAGUAGCCCGGCGCUUACUCUGGGACACAAUUACAUGGAUUUGUAAAACUGGUAAAGCUAUCAUCAUAACUUCCCACAGCAUGCAGGAAUGUGAGGCCUUCUGUACUAGGCUGGCCAUCAUGGUAAAGGGGAGGUUCACAUGUCUGGGCAGCCCUCAGCACCUCAAGAACAAGUUUGGUAGUAUAUACACUCUGGCAGCAAAGAUUAAGAUUAAUACAGGUGAAGAUAAAGUAGAGGAGUUCAAAGAAUUCAUCAAAACAACUUUCCCAGGUAGCAUGAUAAACCAGGACUAUGAAGGGAUUAUUGGCUACUACAUUCCCAGCAAGCAGAUCCACUGGGGAAAGGUGUUUAGAGUUUUGGAGGAAGCUAAAGUGCUAUUUAAUUUAGAAGACUAUUCUGUCCGUCAGAUUACACUGGAACAAAUCUUCCUGACCUUUGCUAAUAUUGAUAAAAUGGAAAAUGAUUUACUAUUAAAGCUGCUAUGA